CUGGGUUAGGAUAAACCUUUAGUCUGUCUUAAGUCAGGGUUUUGGAAUCUUUUUCAGCCUAAGGUCCACAUUUCCUCAUGGGUAGUCUUUUGGGGACCAUAUACCAGUGGUGGUUGGGAGCGGAUGCAAACGUAGGCAGAGAAGUGGAGGAAACCUAUGUGCGUUUCUACCACACAAAAGUCAAUAUGUGUACAGACAUUUUUCUCCGCCUUCCCUCCAGGAAACCAAGAGACCUUGUUGAUGUUUAGUGGCACAUUUCCAGCCAGGCAAAAACACUCAAGGAAGAUGUGCCCCGUGAAAGACAUGUGCAGCUUGGGGAGAGUCCUGAAGGCCACAUUUGGCCUCUGAGUCUGUGGUUCCCCAUCCUAGAUCUAUGACAAUUUCAUAGUGGGCAGGCAGUCAUAUUGGAUCCAGUGUCAGGGGUCAGGGCAUGGCUUGGUUGGACAUCCACCAAGGUCCAUGACCUGGGAAGGGGCCCAUCACAGAGACCCUGCCAGCUCUACUCCCCCUCAGUUUAAUUAUUGGCACCCCUUUGAUCGCCUGUGCUCCAGCCUGGAGUGGAUGAGUUGGUGAGAGGCAAUUGCAGCAAAGAGGAAGCAGCGGCCAUUCUUCACUUUCUCCUUUGCAAGCAGCAAUGGCAGUAAGGAGAAGGAGAGGGACCCCCCCCCCAUGCCUUUAGCAUGUUACAUAACAUCACCACUCCCAUGAAAAAAAUCCCCUGGCGCUUGUCAAGUGCUAGGAAGUGUUUGAAAUUUUUACAAAAUUCCUGCAUUUGUACUGAAAAUCAUGACUGAAGGAAUUAAUUACAGUAUUUGCUACGUAGCUUAACUUCCGAAGCAAGCAUUAUGAGCAGCAAAAACCACUUGGCAAAAACCAACAGCAGAGAAUGUGACAAACACUUUAAUGAGUAUCAGGUUGGUUUUGCACUUGGCAAUGUAGUUGGGAUGUAUCUGGCCCAGAACUAUGAUGUUCCGAACAUUUCAAAGAAGAUUGAAGACAUCAAGAGAGACGUGGAAGCUAGAAAGAAGCCUCCGAACGACAAAUGAUGUUUGCCUAGCUGUCUCUAUAUUAAAUGUAGAUCAUGUAGUUUUGCCACUAGGUCGCAGAUGCCAAACCUUCAUGUGGCUUUUCUGGAUUUCCUCCAGAUGUGUAGUCUUGAAAAACCAAGCUGCCCUCAGGCUGAAGUGUCACCCCAUCCAAGGGACCUUCUAGCACUUUCUGGAUAUUUGACUUCUUUUUCUUUCUUUCUUUUUACCCCAUGUGUAAUAAGAAAAACCAUGCAGGGAGAGACUAAGAGAUUGGACUAUUGUUCUCAGUGUUUGUUUUCAAUAAUAUUUUCUAUUCAGUAUUAAUUUGAUUUCGAAGUAGAGUAAUGAAAUUAAUUAUUCCAAUGUGACAAUCAGUAAUGGUCUGGCUGUAGAAGUGACUCAUGAAAGAAAUUAAAAUGCGUCAGGAAUUAGCAUCCAAAGAUUUUUAAUGGUAUUUUAAAAAUCAAUUCAGUGUUUUUUUGUACAACCUAUUUGUAACAUACUAAAUCACAGAUAAAAAUCCUCCUCUCUUUCCCCCCUCUGAAGUGAGAAGCUUUUUUUAUUUUAA